GUACUACCCUGAAGUGCUCAUUGUAUUUUGACUUCCUUUUAUCUGCGCAGGUUUCUGCCAGUGAAUCAGUCUGCUAGUGGCGACAGACCAGGAACUGCGGCAGAAGACACAAGCAAGGCAGUCAAAGCAGAGCCCCAAGAUGUGGCGCCUCCUCGUGCUGCUCUGCUCCCAAGGAAUUGCCUUUUCAGAAGGAUUCACAACACCCUCCACUCUGAAUUCACACACAAGCCAGUACGGGAAGACUCGCAACCCUGAAUGCUUUAUGAACGUUAGUGAAAUUAUCAGAUAUCAUGGAUACCCCAGUGAGGAAUAUCAAGUUACCACAGAGGAUGGAUACAUUCUUGGUGUUUUCAGAAUUCCUGCUGGGAGGAACAGCCAAAACACAGGGAAAAAGCCUGUAGUGUUCCUACAGCAUGCUCUUCUAGGAGACGCUACCCACUGGAUUUCUAACCUGCCCAACAACAGCUUGGGCUUCCUGCUUGCAGAUGCUGGCUAUGAUGUCUGGAUGGGAAACAGCCGAGGGAACACUUGGUCUUUAAAACAUAAGACCCUUAAUCCCAGCCAGAAAGAGUUCUGGCAGUUCAGCUUCGAUGAGAUGGGUAAAUAUGAUAUUCCAGCAGAGCUGCACUUCAUCAUGAACACAACUGGACAGGAGGAUGUAUAUUAUGUUGGUCACUCUGAAGGCACAACAGCAGCCUUCAUAGCAUUUUCUACACACCCUGAGCUGGCUAAACGGGUGAAAAUGUUCUCUGCUCUGGCCCCAGUAAUCACAGGCGUGGAUGCUACAAGCCCUCUGAUUAAGAUAGCAAGGAUUCCUGAACCACUGAUCAGAUUACUACUUGGCUGCAAAGGAACCAUGCGCCAGAAUGAAUUUCUGAAAGGACCCGCGACACAGCUCUGUACAAGCCUGGAUAAGUUUUGUGGUCAUAUACUCUGUAACAUAGCUGGAGGCAACAUCAGAAAUCUGAACACAAGUCGGAUAGAUAUAUACGUAGCACAUUCCCCUGCUGGAACGUCAGUACAGAACAUUCUUCAUUGGCAUCAGCUAGUAGUUAAAGACAGAUUUCAAGCCUAUGACUACGGCUGUAAAGAAAACAUGAAGAAAUACAACCAGUCUACUCCUCCUGCAUACAAGAUAGAGAAGAUAAGCAUACCAAUUGCUGUUUGGAGUGGUGGAGACGACAAAUUUGCAGAUCCAAAAGACAUAGCAAAGUUACUUCCUCGAAUUACUAAUCUCAUUUACCAUGACCAUUUUCCUGCUUGGGGACAUCUUGAUUUCAUCUGGGGCCUUGAUGCAACUGAGAAAAUGUAUUGGAAAAUCAUUGAACUCAUAAAAAAAUACUUUUGAAACCACAUGCACAGUGUUGAUUCACUAGGUAAAAACCUCCAAAAUUUCUAUUUGGCGAUAAGGGUGAUACCUGGGGAAGAGGUAAAUACACAGAUACACAUCAUGGAUACCAGUAUAGGUAUUUAUCUGCAUUUGUUGGUUUCUUGCUUUCCUCAUUGUUUGAGGUUUUCCAUGGUAUUAUUGUGUCUGCUGUCUUCCUGAGAAGGUUGAGGUGUACAGGAAUGAAAGCUGAAAACGUGAAUAUAUUAGAGUACACACUGCAAGAAUCACUUAAUUUGGACAGCUUUUAUUUCUCAAAGACUGAUUUUCCUAAGCCUAAACUCUGUUGUUCUUGUGUAUAUCCCAGGUACUCCCCAGAGACAUUCCCAUGCCCAGGUAGUGUCUUUCCAUGAAGACCCAAAAGUGGGAUUUGCUCAUUUCUCUGUUGAAGUAAAACUGACCUUUGUUUAAAUUAAGUAAUUUAUCCACUUGACAGAGAACUUGGCUUGUCUGUCCCCAGGCUGCAUCCAGAGUGUUCAUUAUUACAGGCUGAGACAGGAUGGCUUUGUUUCCUGGGCUGUUUCUGGGUGGAGACUCAAGUUCGUAUUGCCCAGCCAGGACCCUUUGUAGUUGGAGUCAGCAUCCAAACCAGAACAGUUACACAGAAAAAUGUAUCUGUGUUCUGCAACACAGGAAGAAUACACUAUCUUGUCCAUGCGUGUAGUCUAGCAGCCAUUAGCAUUGCUGAUCAUGGCAUCUAUCUUCUGAACUUAUGACAGCUUACAGGAAAUGGCCAAAACUAUCAACAAAAAUAAAGAUCCAUUAGACCAAGAAAGCAAGAUACAGCAGCAUUUGAAAGGAGAUUCCCCUUUACUGCUGCAUUAUUAAAUCACAAAGCACCAGGCCACAUUAAUACAUUGCUUACCACUGCAGGUUUUCUUCUGCCUUCACCUAUGCAAGAGAAGACUCAUGAAUUUAUUAUUAUUUUGGUAUAUGCAUCCCCUGCUGCAUGCACCACUCUGAAAAGCAUGGUAUCCUGUCCAGUCCCAUGGGAAGUAUACAUCUAGUUCCCACCAACAGCAUUUCAUUUAUUGAUUGUUUUUUCUUUAGUACACUGUUUAUAUUGCAAAAGUAGCCGAGACUUGUAUCUCUACUGCGCCAAACAUAUUUUCAUUAUUGUUUCUUAAUGCAUUAAACUAACCUGGGAAUUGGC